AUGGGACAGCGACUGGCACCAACUCUUGCCGUUGCCUUUAUGUCUAAAGUGGAAGCACCAGUAAUCGAUCUCACGCCAUUACUCUACUGUAGGUAUAUAGAUGAUUGUUUUGUCGUCUGCUCCACACAACAGGAGAUGGACAAAUACUUUGAGUUAUUGAAGGAACAGUCAGUGUACAUAAAGUUCACCCGUGGGAAACCGAAAGAAAGCUGGCUUCCAUUUCUAAACGUUCAAACCAGCCCAUCCGAAAACGGCUGCAACACAAAAUGGUAUCGAAAGCCAAACAAUAAGACUAUUCGAACCGCUGCCAGCGUGUGCACAGAUAGAGAUCAGAGGGAAGGAUCCUCGAAACUGGCGUGCCAAAUGGCCAACUCAAAUGGCUACGAAACUGUAGCUUCUCGGUAA